AUGGAUGUGGCCGAAGUCUUUCAGGUCUAUGCAUCGCACAAUGGUAUGGACAUCCGUGCUUUCAUCAAAAGCAUGAAAGAUAGUGGCUUGUUGGACGAACAUUUUACAAAGGUUGAUGCAGACUUAGCAUUCUUCAAGUGCACUGCGCGUCACACACGGAAGAUUGGCUUGGAGGACUUUGUGCAGAUUCUGAAGUGCAUUGCCAAGCGCCGCUCGGUCAGUGACCAAGAAGUCUUCCAACAAGCUGCUAGUGGUGCAAGCGAAACCACGCUUGGCCGAGAGAGGUGCAGUGAGGCAAAGCACAGCUCUGGUCCGGAACGUUUUUUUUACGAUAUUGCGACCUACACUGGUAUCCACAGGCAAGACAAGAGCGAGCAGGAGAGACGGCGCCCUGCAUCCUCCUCUCAGCCCUCCCGGGCGGUCAGGACCGGCGCAAGAUCAGCAUCACCGCGUGGGCCAGAACGUUUCUUUUAUGACAAAACCACCUACACUGGUACACACCGAAAUGGUGGGCCCACGGUGAGUGGCAACGGACUGCCCAAGGAGAGCUUCAAAGACCUCAGCGAAGUAGGUUUAAGGUCCGACACGCCCAAAGAGCGGCCGCGGUGUCGGCCUAAAUCCACUCGGCCAGAGCGGCAGCAUGUGGAGGGACAUGGUGAAGAACAUGAGGCUGCCAUCACCUCACCUCCCGAGGUUCAAACCAACUCUUUGCCGGUCUUGCUGGGACAGUUUCCUAGGCAAUCUGUGCCGAAAUGCUUUGGAGAUCUACGAGGAAAAUUGCAGAAAAUGCCCAAAACUGCUGCACUCAUUGGCACCCGCUUCAUUCCUGUGAAUCCUAUCCCCAUGUCCUUGGACCUUAGUGUUGACAGCAGUAACCUGAGCAGUCUAUUGGAGCUGAGCGAUUGA